AUGUCUUCCACUUCGAUCCUCUGUCAAUUCGCGCACAUGCUUAUCGCCAUACAAGACCACGUACUGCACCAGAAUAUUUCCACUGAGGUCGACCGGUAUACGUCCUUAGCUUUCCUCCCUCAUUCCGUUUUACUGUGGACAUACCCUUCUGACCCCGGUCUUGCGUCUAAGGGCAACUCCCAUUCCACAUCCGACGUCACUUAUGAGGAGGCUUCCUCGCCUACCCGGCAGGCACUUUUCAAGGUCGUGCAUGCUUCGAACAGGCUGCCUAUGGACAUGGACCACGUCCAGGGCAUACUUGCUCACCUCUAUUGCAUCCUCAUUUAUCUGUCUCACAGGAUGAGUGUCGCUUUUGCGGAAAUGAUCGCUAUACGGACCAAUAUCUCCCAGGACAAGAAGCACCACGACAUGCAGCACUCGGAGACUCAGUGUAUGGUCUCAUCCGUGCAGUCUCGUAUGGACGAUAUGGUCAAUACUAUGAAAGCCGAUAAGGCUUGGGCCCAGGAUGCUAUUCUAGCUCUGCUCGCGGGCAAAGAUAGGGAUCGACAGUUUUUCGAACGUCGCAUAGGCGAGCUGGAAAAGAAGCUCGCAGAUCUCACCCUACAAGUAUCCGAGCAGAAGAAGGUCGAGGAUGCAUUCAAGGAUACCUUAUACGCACAACUCCGAGAGAACGACAAGAAAGUUGCUGCCCGAAAUUCCCGGUCCGACAAGCUAGCGGUCGAAGCCAUGAGGCAAGGGUUUGCGUCAGUCGAUUCUCGGUUCUCUAAGCUGGAACUCGCCCAGUCCUUCGAGCGAGGAUGCCGGCUAGCAAAGGAGGCCGGCAUGGGUGACAAUACUCAAGCUGCCAAGAAAUCCCGAAUCGAGAAAGCGCUGGCCUUGGCUAUUGGUGUCAACGCCCAGCGAAAGAGUAAGGCGAACGCGGACUGUUUUCCUCCGGAAGACAAGAAUCACAAGAGUCGCCCCAGAACAUCGAACUCAUCAUCGACAACCACAGUCGUUAAUACCACAUCAUCUGUUUCAAGUGGAACUGAAUACCAGUCCUCCAUCGAGACGUCGACUUCGUCUAAAAAUGCCGUACCUGCCAAAGGCCGCCUUUCAAUGAUACCAGGGCCUUCCAGUACUCGAUCCUCUUGUGGAUCGGCUGUUAAUUCCAAGACACGCAACAGUGGCAGUGACGAAGUCCAAGUUUCCCCCGUGGCCCUGUCAAGCUCCAAGAAGGCCGACAAUGGGACGAAGUACAAGGACACUAAACCAGCGUCCAGCACCCACAAGUAUACAUACCCUUCCUCGCUUACGCAAGUUCCUGACGUCGACCUUGGUCACGAAUCCCGCUGCAGAGGAAUAGUGAUUACAUCCCUGUCUUCGUUGGGUCCCUUGUCGUACUUGGAUUCCGAAGAACCUGUGCCAAACGUUUUUGAGAAGCGCAAAGCCACCUCCAUACUAUCUUGCUCCCCAAACUGA